AUGCUGGGGAGGCUGCUGGGGCACAGCCCUGCGCUGUGGCAGCGGGUGGCCCAGCCAGUCUUUCGCCCUGCCAGAGCUGCUGGCAGCAAAGCAAAGAAUGCCCAGGACAUGGCUUUGCAGACGGCUGAUCCAGAUGGGUAGAAAGCCUUUGAAGCUUUCAGGAAUGAGAGAAGGCCUACAAAUUUUGAUAAAAAGGUGCUAGUAUGGUCAGGACGCUUCAAAAAGGAGGAGGACAUUCCCAGGCACAUCUCCUCUGAGGUCCUUGACACUGCAAGGAACAUUGCCAGGAUAAAGGUUUGCUACAUCAUGAUUGCACUGACUGUGCUGGGCUGUGUGACCAUGAUCAUCAUGGGCAAAGAAGCUGCGAAGAAGGAUCAGACACUGCUGAGGAUGAAUGCAGAAAAGAAGGCCAAAUGGAGGGCUGAAGUGGAGAAAGGUCAGGAGGCAGCUGUCGGGAAGUCACAAUGA